AGCAUGUCAGAUAAUUCAGAAAGUGAUCAGAAGAAUAAAAAAAGAACAUACGAAGAGUUUCAUGAUGACAUUGUACAAUAUCCUACACGAGACAAUAAAAAGUUUAAAUAUUUUGACAAUUUAAAGCCAACAACACCUUCGUAUGAAUAUUGUGGAACAGCAACUGUUCGAGAUAUAGAAUGUGAUAUUGACUAUUAUGAUUUAAAAAAUUUGGAGUUUGUACAAAGUGGAGGUUUUGGUACUGUUUACAAAGGACUAUGGAAAGAACAGCAUAUAGCUGCGAAAUUUGUUAAUCAUGGAAGUCCUACAGAGCUAAAGGAUUUUGGCCGUGAG